CCCAAUAAUAUGAUCUGGCCCAACGAACUUUUUUUUCUUUUUUUUGGUUAAAAUGAAGAAAUAUGAGUGAGAAGAAACUUAAAAACAGUUCCCUUUUCCAGUAUCGGCAAUUACAGAGGGAAAGAGCUUCUUCACUUCAAAAAAAAAAAAAAAAAAAUGGGAGGCGUCGGCAACGAUACGGCGUCACCGAACUCAUUCCUCUCAGACAAAUCAGCCAAGGUCUUCGUGGCGGGACACAGGGGAUUGGUCGGGUCCGCCAUUGUUAGGAAGCUUCAAGCUCUGGGAUUCACCAAUCUAGUCCUCCGAACCCACGCCGAGCUCGAUCUCACACGCCAAAACGACGUCGAUUCGUUCUUCGAUUCCGAGAAGCCUCGAUUCGUCAUCCUCGCGGCGGCCAAAGUCGGUGGAAUCCAUGCCAACAACACCUACCCUGCUGAUUUCAUCGCCGUCAAUCUUCAGAUUCAAACCAACGUCAUCGACUCCGCUUACCGCCAUGGAGUCCAGAAGCUUCUCUUCUUGGGUUCCUCAUGCAUUUACCCCAAAUUCGCACCCCAACCAAUUCCCGAACAAGCUCUUCUCACCGGUCCAUUAGAGCCAACCAACGAGUGGUACGCAGUGGCCAAGAUCACCGGAAUCAAGAUGUGUCAGGCUUACCGGAUCCAAUACGGUUGGGACGCAAUUUCAGGGAUGCCCACAAACCUAUACGGCCCAAACGACAACUUCCACCCGGAGAAUUCUCACGUUUUACCGGCAUUGAUGAGGAGGUUUCACGAGGCCAAGGUGAAGAGUUCUAAGGAAGUUGUCGUUUGGGGAACUGGUAGCCCUUUAAGGGAGUUUUUGCACGUAGACGACUUGGCAGAUGGUGUCGUUUUUAUGAUGGAGAAUUACAGUGGAUUGGAGCAUGUGAAUGUUGGGAGUGGUAAGGAGGUCACCAUUAAGGAGCUAGCUGAGCUUGUUAAGGAGGUUGUGGGUUUUGAAGGUGACCUUGUUUGGGAUAGUUCCAAGCCUGAUGGGACUCCCAGGAAGCUCAUGGACAGUUCCAAGCUUCUGGGACUUGGUUGGAACCCAAAUAUUUCUCUCAAGGAUGGACUUGUUGAUACCUAUAAUUGGUAUUUGGAACAUGUCAAGCAAUGAUUUUCAGGUGAUUUCAACUCAAAAUCGUAUAUGCUUUUUCCCAUUUUGUUCUUUCAGAAUUAAGUUAUUCUAAAUCAUUGUUAUUGAAUGUGUCUUUACUAAGUUAUUUGAACACUUGUUAUGUACCAAAUUUAUGUGGAAUAAUUUCUGAUUCUGUGUACCAUGUUAUUGGAAUAUUGGGAGAUACAUCUUUUUAAGAGAGAAUUGUAUAAGAACAAAGUGAGUUAAUGUGAAGAAUUGAAAUACCUUUCA